AUGCAGAUCGACCGCUUCUUUUUGCACUUUGCUGGUGAGGAGAGCUACCACCGCUGGCUGUCAGAUGGAGAGCAGCUGUAUUUCACACCUCAUUCAACUUUGUUGUUUCUGCUUCUCUCUCCCUCCUCCCUCCCACCUCCCAUGCAGAUCGACCGAUGUUUUCUGCACUUUGCUGGUGAGGAGAGCUACCACCGCUGGCUGUCAGAUGGAGAGCAGCUGCAUUUCCCACCUCAUUCAAGUCUGUUGUUUCUACUACUCUCUCCCUCCUCUCUCCCACCCCAAAUGCAGAUCGACCGCUUCUUUCUGCACUUUGCUGGCGAGGAGAGCUACCACAGCCGGCUGUCAGAUGGAGAGCAGCGUUACUGCGACAGGCAGGUAGACCUGGUGCAGGCGCAUCUGGACAGGACUGCGCUCCCCGAUCAACCCUCUCUACCAUCUUCCCUCUCUACCAUCUUCCCUCUCUACCAUCUUCCCUCUCUACCAUCUUCCCUCUCUACCAUCUUCCCUCUCUACCAUCUUCCCUCUCUACCAUCUUCCCUCUCUACCAUCUUCCCUCUCUACCAUCUUCCCUCUCUACCAUCUUCCCUCUCUACCAUCUUUCCUCUCUACCAUCUUCCCUCUCUACCAUCUUCCCUCUCUACCAUCUUCCCUCUCUACCAUCUUCUUUCUUCUCUUCUCCAGGCAGGUAGAUCUGGUGCAGGCGUGCCUGGACAAGACCGUGUUUCUCGCUUAACUCUCGAUCGCCAUCUUCUCCCUGUGUCCUCCAGGCAGGUAGAUCUGGUGCAGGCGCAUCUGGACAGGACUGCGCUCACGCGCCUGCCACGCCGCUACCAGUCCAUCCUGAAGCAGGCGGACUCGAGCGAAACACCAGAUAUGAUUCCCACUCCCGACCUUGACACUUUCGUGUUCUGUGUGGCCACUCACUCGCCCCCUGCCGUCUGUCAGCUGUCCAAACCCUUGAUUUCCAAACCACAUUACCCAUCUCUUUCUAACUGGAUGACCCCCUCCUCUGCAGUCCCCACUCCCGACCUUGACACUUUUGUGUUCUGUGUGGCCACUCGCCCUCUGCCGUCUGUCCAGCUGUCCAAACCACCCUUGAUAUCCAAACCACAUUACCCAUCUCUUUCUAACUGGAUGACCCCCUCCUCUGCAGUCCCCACUCCCGACCUCGACACUUUUGUGUUCUGUGUGGCCACUCGCCCUCUGCCGUCUGUCCAGCUGGACCCCGAGUGA